CAUCUGGCGGACGGUCUCAGAACUGCAUCAACACCUCCGCGCACUUUAUCCGGAAAUAUCGUUUUGAGAAGUUCCUCCGGAGCUUCCUGUCUGUUAAUCCACUUGUUGAGCAGAGGAGAGGGGCGGGGAAGCGCUUACGGACUUAUAUUUUCGCCAGAACUCCAAUCAUGUCGCAGGCAAACGGGUAAACGGCGCCCAGACAGAGCAGCAAAGCCGGCAGUUGAGCACCAUGUUGAGUUUGAGCAGAGCUGGUGUCCUCGGCGCCUCCGUCGCUGUGGCGGGAGGAGUCGCUUAUCUUAUCUGGAACUAUGCGUCCUCCUCCGGGGAGGAGAAGCCCGAAACACGCCUGGGAGAGGACGGUGAAAGUGACAGAGAGCAGAGAGAAGGAGAGGAGGAGAUAAGAGAGGAAGAGACUCCGGUGAUUAAAGCUGAGCAGCAGCAGACACAGUUUACUGAGCCCUCAACCGCCGUGGUUGAACCUGUAGCAGCUGCUGAAGCUCGGAACACAUCACAGUCCCAGCCUGUGGAGUCAGGGGGAACACAGGUUCUGGUUCUGGGUCUCGAUGGAUCCGGAAAGACCAGCCUGCUGCAGUCUUUGUCCACCGGCCGCCUGGAGCAGGACGUACAGUCGACACAGGGCUUCAACGCUGUCUCCAUCAACAGAGAUGAGUGCUAUAUCGAGUUUCUGGAAAUUGGAGGUAAAGAGGAUCUGCGGCCAUACUGGCAGAAAUACAUGCCCAAAGCACUGCUGCUGGUGUUUGUAGUCGACUCGUCCAACCCGCAGCUCUUUCCAGUGGCGAAGAAACACCUACACGAGCUGCUGGCCUCUUACCCGAGCCUGCCUUUAAUGGUGCUGGCCAACAAACAGGAUCUUCCAGGUUCCUGCAGCAUCACUGACCUCCACGACGCUCUGUCUCUGUCCGAGCUCGGAGACCGGCGCUUGUUCCUCAUCGGUACCCACGUGAAGAAGGGCGAGACGGAGCAGAGCUCUGGCGUGCAGGACGCUCAGGCCCUGAUCUCCCAGUUGGUUUGUGACGGUUUAUGAAACGCACUGUUAACUCCUGUCACUUAAUCACAUUCAGUGAGCUCUUUGCACUUUUUUUUUUUACUUUACUGUUUUCACUACAUCUGUAGGCUAAACCUCUGGUAUUUAUUUCUGUUGGUAUUUCUGUUGGAGAAAAACAACCCUCACUGUGUUUGUUGCCCUGUUAAAUUUUUUAUUGAUUUGUAUCAAACUGGGAGAACAAAACCAUUAUCUCUAUUUUUGUCCCAGCAGGUGAUGUAUGGAGCCACAAAUGUUAACAUUUACAAGACUGUUACUGUGUUUUAAAUCUUUAAUUCCUUCUAAUGUUGUUUGGAGCUGCAGUUGCAGUAGUUUUCAAAUCGAUCUUAAUGAUUUUAAUGUGUCAGAGUAUUUCAUACUUGCAUACAAAUCUCAAGCUGCUUAAAUUCGUCAUAUCAGCUGAGACAAGUGGCCCAAACUAACUUUCACUGACUGAGAUCUCAAAUUAAAACAUAACAUUUUGUGCUUUUGGACUGCACAACACCACAGUGAACAUCAAGUCCAGACUUUCAGCUUUAAUUCGUGGGUUUUAAUAGAAGUGCUGCAUGAACUGUUGAGGAAUUACAGUCAUUUUUAUACACACCUCUCCUUCUCCAUUGUCUACCCCUUAUUCUGGUAAAAGUUAGUCUUGGUUUAAUCUGUUCAAAGGUAUAUAUAUUUAUAUGAUUUUUGAUAAAGUGUGAUCGGGCUUUCCUUGAUUGUACACUACAGUGAUAUGCCCACCUCCCUGAGAGCAGUCUUGACUUGGUUAGAUGUUGUAAUGCUGUUUCGUAACCAUGGAAAGCAGGGCUCGCAAAAUUUCAAAAUCUCUGGUAGCCCUUCGGGCAGGCCCUCUUCGGUUUUUGGUAGCCCAAAAUAAAUUUAAGUAGCCCGAAUAAAAAAGAGAGCAAUUUUUUAAUGUUUUGU